GCUGCAGAUGAGAGCACAACGGCAAGAGAUUAACACUAUUCACAAGCCUCGAGACGUGAGAAAGACGGAAGAGGACACAGAAUGUGGCUGGGCAAGAGGGAGAAGGCGGUUUAAGGGAUGCUUUGCACUCGUUGCUUUCUUGAGCUGGUCUUUGCAUGAGUAGGAGGACUCUAUGCACACUGGCCCCUGUCUCUCUGUUUUAAGAAGCUCUCCGAUCCUUUGAGGCACGUACUCUGUCAUUUCAACCUUCAUUGGACUUUUCCUCUAAGAUUCUGGAGCAUCUUCUAUCACCUUGUUUUGUCCAAAAGAUUAAGGGAUAUUUGUGUCAUGCAAUGAUUUCAUAACCACUAAAGGGUUUCGAUUGAGAGUUGCUUCAGGUUUCUCAGUCUCUUUCUUUCUCUCUCUCUCUCUCUCUCUCUCUCUCUCUCUCUCUCUCUCACUCACUCUCUCUCUCCAUCGUUUUGUGGUCAUGUAUUGAAAUCAUUAGUUCAUACAUUGAGGGCACACCUGUCUCUCGAAUUCACUCACUUGGAUUUAACCAGAAUUCUGCAGCCGGAAUUUUAAAACACUUUUGUAAUUUUUCCAGCAUGGAUAUUGGGAUUGCUGCAUACUUGCUUUCAGACUGAAUCUAAAGCUGAAAGCUGCCUGCACAAGCCAAGGUGAAAAGGAUUUCGAAAAGGUUGAGAAUAAAGCUUUCUCACUAAUUGCUCAGUCUGGAUCAACAGGCACAUUUUCUCUGCAUCGUUAGAAGUUCCCGAAAGCAUUUUGACUAGAGGAUGCUGCAGGAGGCCAGUGUUAGAGUGAGCCCAACCUGAUUGCUCUACUCCCCUUCCCCUGCCCGGUCCUCCACAAUCCCAGGAUGCUCUGUCCAUGCCGAGGGAAGCUGAAGUUGCUGGUGGUGUCUCUGAGUUUUGUCAUCCUGUUCACCUGGCUCUACCUGCUCGUUGGGAACACAGAGAAUGGGCGUUCCCUGCUCCUCUCUGCAUGCCUGAUGGAGUCUACAGAAGCUCGACUGUUGGAACGGGACGUCCUGGCAUCGCGGGUUCGAGAGGUGGAGGAAGAGAACCGGCAGAUCCGACUCCAGCUGAGCCAAUCGCAGGGCCUGGCUGCCCAGCCUGCUGAGGGUAACUAUGGCAACCAGCAAUGGGUGGCAUCGGCAGACACCGGUCCAGAGGAUGUGGAAAACACAGCCGAGGAACGGGCCAAUCACAGCGAAUGCGCUCGCUCACCCACUGCAGAGAAGUGUGAGUUGAUUCACGUGGCGUGUGUGUGUGCGGGUCACAACGCCAGUCGGGACGUGGUCACUCUGGUCAAAUCCAUCCUUUUCCACAGGAGAAACCCCCUGCACUUUCAUUUCAUCACUGACACAGUGGCCAAUCAGAUCCUCAGCACGCUGUUCCAGUCGUGGAUGGUGCCAUCAGUUCAAGUCAGCUUCUACGAUGCUGAUGAACUCAAAUCUGAGGUGUCAUGGAUACCAAACAAACACUAUUCAGGAAUUUAUGGCCUGAUGAAGCUCACCCUCACCAAAGCUCUGCCAUCCUACCUUACAAAGGUCAUCGUCCUUGAUACAGACAUCACAUUUGCCACUGACAUCGCCGAGCUAUGGGCCAUCUUCCGGAAGUUCACAGAGAAACAGGUGAUUGGAUUGGUGGAGAAUCAGAGUGACUGGUACCUCGGUAAUCUGUGGAAGAACCACAAACCCUGGCCAGCUCUUGGACGUGGGUUUAACACAGGUGUGAUUUUACUUUACCUGGAGAAGCUGCGCAAGAUUGGCUGGGAACAGAUGUGGAGGCUGACAGCAGAAAGAGAGCUAAUGAGCAUGCUGUCAACAUCACUGGCAGACCAGGAUAUAUUCAAUGCAUUCAUAAAGCAGAACCCAGUUUUUGUACAUCAGCUUCCCUGCUUCUGGAAUGUACAGUUAUCGGAUCACACUCGCUCUGAACAGUGCUACACAGAGGUGUCAGACCUAAAAGUCAUUCACUGGAACUCUCCCAAAAAGCUGCGAGUAAAAAACAAGCAUGUGGAAUUUUUCCGUAAUCUUUACUUGACGUUCUUAGAGUAUGAUGGGAAUCUUCUGCGGCGAGAACUCUUCGGCUGCCCCAGUCAGGCCAGCUCAGAGAGCACUGUGCUUCAGCAAGCACUAGAGGAGUUAGAUGAAGAUGACCAGUGCUAUGAUUUUCGGAGGGAGCGAAUCAUGGUGCACAGGGUACACCUGUACUUUCUGCAGUAUGAAUACACACCUACUGAGGAUGGCACGGACAUAACACUGGUCGCACAGCUCUCCAUGGACAGACUGCAGAUGUUGGAGGCUAUCUGUAAACACUGGGAGGGCCCCAUUAGUUUGGCCCUGUACUUGUCUGAUGCUGAGGCCCAGCAGUUCCUUCGCUAUGCCCAGGCCUCUGAAGUCCUCAAGAAUCACAAGAAUGUGGGUUAUCAUAUUGUUUAUAAGGAAGGCCAAUUCUACCCUGUCAAUCUGGUGCGAAACGUGGCUCUCCGCAAUGUCAACACACCCUACGUUUUUCUGACUGAUGUAGAUUUUCUGCCCAUGUACGGCCUCUACGAUUACCUCAGAAAAAGUAUUGUCCAAUUGGACAUGGCCAGUACCAAGAAGGCUCUGGUUGUGCCUGCCUUCGAGACUUUGAGAUAUCGUCUUUCCUUCCCUAAAUCUAAGGCCGAGCUGCUGUCUAUGCUGGACUUGGGUACACUUUACACCUUCAGGUAUCAUGUCUGGACAAAAGGUCACGCCCCAACCAAUUAUGCCAAAUGGAGGACAGCCACAACGCCAUACAAAGUGGAGUGGGAGGCAGAUUUUGAACCGUAUGUUGCUGUACGGCGGGACUGUCCUGAGUAUGACCAGAGAUUUGUAGGCUUUGGCUGGAACAAAGUGUCCCAUAUCAUGGAGCUAGAUGCUCAGGAGUAUGAUCUCAUUGUGCUACCAAAUGCCUUCAUGAUCCACAUGCCCCAUGCACCAAGCUUUGACAUUUCAAAGUUUCGCUCCAGUCCCAGUUACCGUUACUGCUUGACGACUCUAAAGGACGAGUUCCACCAAGAUCUUUCUCGAAAGUAUGGUUCUGCUGCUCUCAAGUACCUUACAGCACAGAGGAACAUCUGAAACCAUCUGAAAUGUUUCAAAUGUACUUUAGCACACAAGAGAAUAGCUUGAUCCAGUCCUUCAAGGCUCAAAGGUCAACAUGCUGCUCUGCCACAUGUUAAGGUUUCUCGAGUUAUGAACGAAACUGCCCUGCUACAAACCCAUGACUCUGCUCAAUAUAGACUGUAAAAUCUGAGCUUUAAUACUUGUUUUGAUGCAAUUCUUAUAGCAGAGACUCAAACCAAUGACAUCAGUACCACACCCAUCUCAGACUGGACUGAAACACCAAACGGUGGCAAAAACUUGACGUUUGUGAUGACACACACUGCACACUGCUUUAUAGCCUAAAGAUAACGAUCGUGUUCAAGACCUUUUUUUUUUUUUUUUGACAAUCAGGGCCUUUUCUUCACUUCACAAAGAUCUAUGGCUGGUAGUAUAUGGCGCUACGUCACUUUGAACCUGGCUAUAACCAUUCAGUUAAGUAUUGACGGAGCAGAGAAAGACAAGAGAUGAACAAGCUUUCCAAAGACUCUUCUGCUGGACUGAAGUGUUGGGGAGGCCAACAAGACAAAAGGAACAUUUAAGCCUUAUAAUUUCCUUGAUAUUUAAAAUAUUUAAAGUAUUUUUCUUUGUUUUUAAUGAAGAUGAAACAUUUAUUAUGAACAACGACCUACAGCCUAUGUAUGUUUUACAACAUAAAAAGAAAAUCACAUUAUUUUUUAAUUUAGAAACACUGAUUUGACUUGAAUGCUUGCUUGGGCUGCAAAGAGAGUAUUUUGUGUGGUCCUGAAUGUUAGAAAGAUGUUUUGCAUUCCGUUAGGAAUGAUUAGUCUUCUGGUGAGUAACUCCUGCAUUUAUAAUGGUCACAUAAAGAAAUUCUGCAUAUGCUUAAAUGAACGUAAACAUCCAACAUCAUAGCGUUUAUGGUUCCAUGACACUUUUUUGCCCUGAAUUCACAUCUUAAACUUAACUGGAUCACAUUUAUCACUUUUAAAGAUUUGCACUACAUACAAUAACAUUAUCAAAACAUAGCAUAUCAUUAUGUGUACAUUUGCAUUGAGAUCAACACAAGGGACCAUAAAGAAAGGGGGUAUCCAUUUAGAACUAAUAAUAUUUGUUAUCAGUGACAAAAUCAACUACUGUUUGGUUCUAUGGGACUGGCAAACAAAAUAUUUUAUGUAAAAUGUGUCAUAUUCUGGUUAGCCCGACUGGCCAAAAUCAUCAAAUGUCCAAUUGAGCAAAAAAACAAACAAAACAAAAAAAACAUACCAGACAUAGGUCCAGUCUUCAUAUACCAUUCAUGUCCUGCCACUCCAUCAGACUGUGCAGAUUUACGGUAAAUACCCGUGCCUUUGCUGUAUUGCGAAAACUGGAUAUUGAUUGUACUACUGUACGGAUCAGCGGGGCCUGCAAAAAUACAGGUACUCUAUUUAUUAUUGUUGACUUAAAUCAAUCAUAUUUUUCUAUGUAGGGGACAAAGUGCUUUAAAUAAAUUUUCCCUGUUUCUA